AUGGUCCAUUUGAUCCUGACCGGGGCCACAGGCCUGGUUGGAUCUUCUGUCCUCUCGCACAUCCUCUCCCUCCCAGCAACCAGUACGCCAACCAUCCACAAGCUGUCCAUCAUCGGACGCUCCAGCAACAUCCCCUGGCUAUCCGCAACCCCUCCGCUCGGCACGCCCAGCGUGAACAAGCACACCAAGAUCGAGGUCAUCGAGCACAAGGACUUUACCUCGUACCCGCCGGAGCUGCUGGAGAAGCUGAAAGGCGCUGACGCCUGCAUCUGGGCCCUGGGCGUGAGCCAGAACGACGUCUCCAAGGAGCAGUAUGUGAAGAUCACCAAGGACUACACGCUGGAGGCAGCCAAGGCGUUCUCGUCGCUCCGAGAGUCCUGGCCCGCGGCCGCGUCGCCGGACGACAAACCCGAGACACACAAGUUCAAAUUCAUCUACGUCUCGGGCGAGGGCGCCACGCUGCAUCCACGGAUGUGGACGCCCCUCUUCGGGCGCGUCAAGGGCGAGACAGAGCAAUCGCUGCUCCAGCUCUCCAAGACACCGCCCUACUCCACCCUGCUUUCGGUGUAUUCGAUCCGCCCCGCCGGCGUGGACGGCUACAACCAGCCCUGGAUCUGGGACCACAUCCUGCGGGAGAAGCGCACCGCCUUCCAGCGCUUUCUCCUGAAGACCCUCGUGGCGCCGAUUCGAUGGGGAGUGUUUGGCGAGGCCACGCACAGUCCGACCGACGAAUUGGGCCGAGUGCUGGUGGAGAUGGCCGUGGGAGAGCAGCAGGGGCCAUUUGAGGUCGGGCCCGGUGUAGACAGGGAAGGGGAAGGACGAACUCUAGGCAACAAGAGGUUGAGGAUGUUGGCCAGGGGAGAGGGCUGGGGAAAAUAG